CUGAUGGACGACAGAAAAAAGUUUGCAAAAUUUCCGAAAGGUUACGUAUGCGCAUCUUUCUCAUCCAGCAGCUGUGAACCAGUGAGAGCAACAGCUACCAUUGCAAAGUCUCUUGAGGCCAGCAAGUACAGCAGCAAAUGACAGAUUAUUCUAACCGACAUCCCAUCUCACGACGUUUCCAGAAGGUAUUUUACCAUCAGCACCAGAACCCCGAAACCUUAACUGACCCAGAUGAAGAACCAUUGGCUUCUGAAUCACAAGACCAAAGUUUCCUAUCGCCAGCGGGUUCCUCCAUUGUUUACUUGUCAGAUUUUGUGAUAAAUGAUCAAGCGUGUCUGUUGAGCCAGUCCACCAGUCUGUUGACGGCAGUUCUGGCGGCAGUGCUGGUGAUGUUCAUGCUGACCUUCCUGGUGCUGUACAAGUACCGCUGGCACAUUCGCCUGGCGCUGUACGAGGCUUUCCGAGGAAACCCGCAACAACGACUGCAGCGACAACGUGAACGCGAGUACGAGUAUGAUGUGUUCGUGUCGUACGCCAACGAAGACGUGGACUGGGUGAGACAGGAACUCAUACCGACACUGGAAGGGAGGUAAUUUAUUCUUUGUCUUUUAUUUUUUGCUUUUAGAUGUA